AUGGCUUCAACAGCAGACCUUCGAACAGAGGGCCUACAGGAACCAGUGGAUGUGGCCAAGUAUCUCUUCGACCGGCUCCAUCAGAUUGGAGUAAGAUCUGUCCACGGUCUGCCAGGCGACUACAACCUUGUUGCCCUAGACUAUCUUCCGGAUAGUGGCCUAACCUGGGUGGGUAGCGUCAACGAACUCAAUGCUGCCUAUGCUGCGGAUGGCUAUGCCCGUGUAAAGGGCAUCUCGGCCAUGAUCACAACCUUCGGUGUGGGGGAGCUGUCUGCCAUCAACGGCAUUGCGGGUGCAUACGCCGAACACGUCCCCAUUGUUCACAUUGUUGGAUGUCCAUCCACUAUCUCCCAACGAAACGGAAUGUUGUUGCACCAUACACUCGGCAAUGGGGAUUUCAAUGUCUUCGCCAAUAUGAACAACCAGAUAUCAUGCGAAGUUGCAAAGCUCAACAACCCUUACGAAAUCGCCAAUCAGAUUGACCAUACCUUGAGAGAAUGCUUUCUUCGCAGCAGACCCGUGUAUAUCAUGCUUCCAACUGAUAUGGUACAGAAGAAAGUUGAGGGCGCUCGGCUCAAGACUCCUAUCAACCUGUCGGAUCCUAAGAACGAGCCAGACCGAGAGGAUUACGUUGUCGAUGUCGUUCUCAAGUACCUACACGCGGCCAAGAAUCCAAUCAUCCUUGUUGACGCGUGUGCUAUCAGACAUCGUGUCCUCCCUGAAGUCCAUGAUCUUAUUGAAACAACCAAACUCCCGGUUUUUGUCACCCCCAUGGGCAAAGGGGCUAGUGACUUCAACACCGCGGGAUUCUCGUAUCGCACGUCACAGCUCAACACCAUUGACUUUCACAGUACUCACUGCGUAGUUCGAUACUCUGAGUAUCCAGGAGUGACUAUGAAGGGUGUCCUUCGAAAGGUCAUUGAGAGAGUCGACAAAAGCCAGCUGAACCUCGUCAAAGGUCCAGUAGUGAAAAAUGAAAUCGAUGAGAAUAUCGACGGCUCUUCGACUAUCACCCAGGCGUGGUUUUGGCCUAGAGUUGGCGACUAUCUCAGGGAGGACGACAUCGUGGUUACUGAGACUGGUACUGCAAACUUUGGUAUCUGGGACACCAAGUUUCCUAAGGGCGUAACUGCGUUGAGCCAGGUUCUCUGGGGGAGUAUUGGGUGGUCUGUUGGAGCUUGCCAGGGUGCAGCUCUUGCUGCUAAGGAUGAAAAGCAUGACAAGCGAACGAUCCUAUUUGUUGGCGAUGGCUCCUUCCAGUUGACGGCUCAAGAGGUGAGCACGAUUAUCAGGCACAACUUGAGAGUCACCAUCUUUUGUAUUUGCAAUGAUGGCUACACCAUUGAACGAUUCAUUCAUGGCAUGGAAGCUGAGUAUAACGAUAUUGCUCAGUGGCAAUUCAAGGAGCUAGUAACCGUUUUCGGCGGGUCCGACAAGCACACAAAGAAGUUUGUGGUCAGGACCAAGGAUCAAUUGAACGAUCUCCUUACAAAUGAGGCCUUCAACUCAGCUCAAGGACUCCAGUUUGUGGAGCUGUAUAUGCCUAAGGAGGAUGCACCGAGGGCUCUCGUCAUGACUGCAAAGGCAAGCGCCGAGACCAAUGCCAGGCUCGAGUAG